AUGGCCCCAGAAACACCUAAGGGGGUCUCGUCGAGACUGUUGACGAUGAAAUUUAUGCAACGUGCAGCAGCAUCUGCAUCGUCUAACGGAUCCCCGGACUCCGAUGUUCCUUCCUCUAAAAAGCGAAAACUAGACCAUUCCCCAGCUCCAGGUCGUAUUGAUCCCAAUAUUGACCAGGCGUUGAUACAGGCAGCCUUGGACGACCAGGAAGCCGCCCGUCAAGCAGCACUGGCAAAGCACUCCGCCGCUGAUACUCAUUGGACUCUGAAGACGAAAUUUGAUACGUCACAAAGCAAGAAGCAUCCUCUGAACAUCGUCUACGUAGGAUAUGGGGAGAUUGACUCACCAAAUGAUUCUGGUGAUAAUGAGGACAAUCCUACUGAGGGAAGGACAUACAGCAAGCGUUCGAAAAAGACAGAAAACUCAAAAGAGCACACCAACUCUGAAGAAUCUAGUAACGAGUCUGACCAAGCUUCAGACGCGGACGACGACUCUCAAGGACGACAGCGAAGGAACACGGCUCACGGCGAGAAAGCAGGAACGAAUUCUUCGAGAUCCCGGUCACAAUCUCGGUCAAGAAAUGGUCAUGAGACAGCGAAGGCUAAAGAAUUCCGGGACAAAAGGAAAAAGAAGGAUGUGCGACUGAAUAAGCUGACGUCGAUAUCGUCUGCCGGCGAUAGUCAUUUCAGUUCUCAGAACUCACCCAACACAAAGGCAAUGAAAUGCUACAACUGCCAACAAGUAGGCCACAAAGCAUCAGAGUGCUCCAAACGAAGUACAAGGGGAUGA